CGAAGAACAGCGACAAUGGCUACUGUCGACGCGGAUCCGGUGAUUACUGCCGAUGAAAAUUUCGAUGAUGGCGAUUCGUCGCUCGGUGGUGACGCCGCAACUUCGACGGAGAGCUUAAGAAGCUCCAUCCUUGACUAUCGCCAUGAAAAUGGUAGGACAUACCAUCGAUACAAGGACGGCAAAUACAACCUUCCCAACGACAGCGAGGAAAACGAGAGACUGGACCUUCAACACCACCUUUGCCUUCUUACCUUUGACAACAAGCUUGGUCUCUGCCCGCCCAACUUGCCUGACUCGAAUGUUCGGCGCGUGCUCGAUCUCGGCACGGGUACUGGUAUCUGGGCUAUCGAUUUUGGUGACGAACACCCCGAAGCCGAGGUCGUGGGAGUUGAUCUCUCGCCCAGUCAGCCCAACAUGGUCCCUCCGAAUGUUCAGUUCCUAAUCGAUGAUAUUGAUGAGGACUGGACCUACAGCAAGCCUUUUGACUAUAUCCACAGCAGGAUGAUGAACUUUAGCGUUCAAGACUGGCCGGUUUAUCUCCAAAAGAUCUAUGACAACCUUACUCCCGGAGGCUGGGUCGAGCUCCAAGAGGUGGAUGUCAUCAUGGGUUGUGAUGACGGUACCCUCUCCGAAGACGACGCCCUCGCCAAGUGGUGCAAGCUUCUUGAAGAGGCAGCCGCAAAGCUAGAGCGAAAAUUCGCAAAGACUUCCUCCUUCAAGGGUUAUCUAGCCGAUGCAGGAUUCACAGAAAUCGUCGAGACGCGCUUCAAAUGGCCCACCAACCGAUGGCCCAAGGAUCCCAAGUAUAAGGAGCUCGGGGCGUGGAACAAUGAGAACUCAAAUAUCCUUCUCGAAGGUCUCACUCUAGCGCCUUUCACCAGAGGUCUCGGCUGGAGUGCUGAGGAGGUGGAAUUGUUCCUAGUCAAACUGCGGAAGGACUUUAAUGACCCAAAGAUUCAUGCUUACUGGCCUAUCUGCUCCGUUUAUGCAAGGAAGCCUGAGACUACCUUGUGA